CAAAAAUUUAUCAAAUGUGGUUGUUUGACUCUCUGUGUUGGCCCUGCGAUGGACUGUCGACCUGUCCAGGGUGUACCCUGCUACUUGCCUAGAAGCCGUUGGGCAGGUAGUGUAGCUCCAGUUUGACUCUUGCUGCCUGAUGGACAUGAUCAGUCUAAAUCCAGCAGUGUUCAUCUUCAUUCAGCUGAUAUGGCCGGCCUUUGCAGGGACUAUAGCAUCUGACCACCAGAAUGUAUCGGUGUCAGAGGGAGAUUCAGUCGUGUUCAACUGCAACACAUCUGAGAAACAUACGAAACACAUCACCUGGACCAAAGGCAUAUUUAUGUUUUCAUGGUCUGUACAGCUUCAGCAAAACUUUUCAAACUUCUCUGACAGAGUUACAAUGGACUCCGUCAACAAGUCAAAGCUAAAAAUUGUUAGUGCUCAACUUAAUGAUUCAGGACUUUAUACAUGUGAGAUAACUGACAACCGAGGCAUCAACAGUAUUACAUGGAAUUUAACUGUUUUUAAGAAAGUUUUUAAGAAAGCAGUUAUCUGUCUCUGCAGUAAAUAUGGGACCAGAACAGAAAAUCAGAAUCCAUUCCAGGACCAGUUUCAGUCUCAGACAGAAGAGGCGGUCAACAUGCAAUUACAAGGUGGUACGAAUCAUCAGAGAAACAAGCGGAGGAGAGAGUACAUGGAGAGACUGAAUUCAAUCUAUGAUCAUUUCUAAACAGACACGCCAUAGAGAAACAUCAACAUGGAUCCAUUUUGCAAAGGAAGGCUGGGAAACGUGGGAAAUAACCCCUAUGUCUUCCUGUGAAAGAAUGUUUUACCUUGCUGAUAGUAUAUAAAUGUUUCAGUGUUUUUCAUGAGCACAUUUUAUUGGACAUUUUUCCGGUUGUUCUACUUUACGUUCUCAGUGUUGCAAUUUAAUAAUUAUCUCUGGAUAUCAUAAAUCAUCCCAAAUUGACUCUGUAUAGUUUACCUGAGUGGCAAACUAAAAUCUAAAGUUUUGUUUUAAGUUAGUCCAGUUGAGGCCAUGUGCAGAUAUUAGUUACUUUGAGUUGACCUGCUGCUCUACAGGAGGAUUUACCAAUAUUUCUAGUCUAUAACAAGAUGGCAUACAUAACUGUGUGAGAUUAAAAGAAUAACUUUCCUUCAAGUUUCAGUAUUUCAGACAGUUUUUAAAAUUUUGUGCCAUCAGAGUCACGUUCAGGAUUUUUGCAGGGAGGAAGGACUUUGAAUGUAAGGUUACAGGUUUGGUCCUAAUAAUGUUGAAUCAUUUGUUAUUGAAACAUGCAGAUGACUCCUUUGAGAACUCAUCACUGUUUGAGCCACAAAACCUGAAUUUAUAAACAGGCUGGAGGAAAAAAAAUAGUAAAUAAAUAAAACAACUUUUAGUUUUGAAACAUGAUGUUGGGGCAGCAUGUUGCACUACAACAGCUUCCACCUGCUUUUUCAUUGACAACAUGACUGUGGGGCUUCUGUCUGUUUUUCUCUCUUUUGAUAUUUUGAUGGUGGUGAAAAGUGCUGUACUAACAAAGCCUCCUACAAAUAUUCAGUUGGAAGUCCUGGUAACUGUGAAGGCCAUUGCAACUGAUAUUGUUUUCAUGGAUCUACACAGCAAACCAUGCAGUGAUGUUUCACUGUAUGAGAGGUUCCCCUCCAGAA